GCCGAACUCGCCAAACCCGGCCGCGAGGGUUGCUCUCGAGAUACGAUCAACUACCUGUAGUUGUACUAGCGACGCCACCAGGAAAUGGAUCGAGUCCCGGACCAAGAUGCCUCUCCGCGGUCAGGCCGGGGGCGGACUUCUCCAUGACAACCGCACGGCGACCCAAUCAGUUAUCUACCAUAUCAGAGGCCUAGAGUAGAGUACAAGAGUACCAGUGGGUACGUAUCCCGAGACCCCUGCUGUGGAGAGACCUUCCUAUCUUGUCUCCUUCUACAUAUACCUAUCCUCCCAGCCAGAGCAACCUCACCUCCUUUCGCUGCCCCAGCAAGGAGGAUAUCCUUGAACAGCACCACAGUCACACUUGAGCAAAGGGCGAUAUAACCAUAUCAUAAACCAACACCGACGGCAGAGCAUACACGCCUGUCGCAGUCCGCGUUCUGUUCUACUAUCAUCAACAACGCGAAAACCUCUGUUCAACAUCAUGGCACCCACAGCCAUCAGCGAUCUCCUGCCCUCGGGCCCACUGACCUCCAAGUCCGUCACCCCCGCAAAGGAAGAGCACCAUGUUCACGGCAUGCUGGACAAGAACCCUCUGGCGGCCAUUUCGCACGGCGACGUGAUGCUGGCCGGUGUGCCGACCUUUGACGACCCUGCUGCAAAGCGACAAUGGCAGCUCGAGCACAUGGCCGCCGCGUUCCGGCACUGGGCGCGAGAGGGUUACGUCGAGGGCAUCUCGGGACACAUCAGUGUCAGAGACCCGGAGCACCAUGACAUUUUCUGGACCAACCCUCUCGGCGUCCACUUCGGCCUUCUCAAAGCAAGCGACAUGAUCGCCGUCAACCUCGACGGCAAAGUCGUCGGAGGCAACCGCACCUGCCCGCCCAAUGCCGCCGGGUUCCUAAUCCACAGCGAAUGCCACAAAGCUAGACCGGACGUCGUCGCCAUCUGCCACGCCCACACCAUGUAUGGCAAGACAUGGAGUGCCUUUGGAAGACCAGUUGAAAUGUUGACCCAGGACUCGUGCAAAUUCUACAAAGCACAUUCAGUCUACAACUCUUUCGGCGGCACCGUCUUCUCCAGGGAAGAAGGACAGCAGAUCGCAAAGGCAUUGGGCCCCACCAACAAGGCCUGCAUUUUGCAAAACCACGGUCUCUUGACUGUUGGCAAGACGGUCGACGAAGCUGCCUUCCUGUUCCUGUCGCUCGAACAUGCCUGUCACAGCCAGUUGCUUGCCGAGGCCGCUUCCCAAGGUGGCAAUAUCCCCAAAGUUCUCAUCUCGGACGAAGAGGCCGAAUACACCCAUCGCAUGGAGUGUGACCCGGACACCUGCUACGCUGAGUUCCAGGCCUAUUAUGACUGGGAGGAUCACCUGUGCAAGGGAGAAUUCAAGAACUGAGAAAUUAUAAACAUCUGGGACGGAAACACACCACAACGGCAUGUUGCAGGUUAUCAGAUAACAUUGAUGUGAUGAGAUACGAGGUGUGACGCUCGCUCCGUGAGGUGGUUGACACAGUGCAGAGACGGUGCUAUUAUAUUAUACGACACCACUUGUCAAGUGGAACAGUAUUGUACAUAUUCAUUCAUUCAUUCAUGCUUCUCAAUGCCAGACUCCAGUCGCAAGAAACGAAAAAUGUGCAAGCUCAUCCUCUCUAUCCCUCGGUAGCAGGAUACUCCUGGACGAGUCCAAUGAAAGCUAACUUCGUGGAGUCACCGCA